AUGACGGGGCCCGAAACAAGAAGAUUAAAAGAAGUUGAUCUAUAUAUAAAAGCUAUUAAUCAAGAUGAUGAAUAUGCUGAAGACAAUCCAAUCAUACAUGAAAUAGACGAAUUCGAAGAUAUCGUAUCUGACCAUGAAAUAGACGAAUUGGAAGGGGAGAUAGCCAGAGAAAACAGUGGACAAGGUAUAACGUUUUUAUCCGACAACAACGAGGAACUACUUAAUAGAUUAGAAAUAAUAUUAGCAGCAAUGAAAGAAGGUCAUCGUUCAGACAGACAAUAUAAUGAAGUAAAUUGUAUAUUAAAAAUAUUCCUAGAGAAAAGAAAUAUCAACGAAAAUAAUAACCAAAUGAAAAUAUCAACAGAUAACGAAGCUACAUUCAAAACCAUAAGUUUACUACCAGGAAGCUAUGAAUACGUUGCAAUAAACGAAUAUCUAUCUGAAUAUGCGGAAAGUGCUAAUGGUAAAAACAAUAUUGAAUUCGAAGGUAAUUUGAAUCUGAACAAAAUAAAAUUGAUAUUGAGAAAUAAGAGUCAAGUUGAUUUCAACGUAGAAAAUUCUUUGAAUACUUUAUUAGGAUUUGAUAAGCAAAUAUACACACAAUCCACUUUAGCGCCGCAUAAAGCUAAUAUCGAGAAUGAUAUCGACGUCAUUAAUAUUCGCUGUAAUUUAAUAAACGGUGGAUUUUUCAAUAAACACAAACGUCAGAUUAUUUACAGUAUUCCAACAUUCACUGUACCGAUUGGAUAUAGAAUUAUAGAGAAACCAUUUCAAACAACAUAUUUACCACUUAAUUCGUUCAUGAUUAAAAAUAUAAAUCUGGAAAUCAAAGAUGGUAAAAAUAGGUUUAUUGAUUUUGGUAACGAAGAAAUUGUAAUUCAACUUCAUUUAAAACAAAAGAACUAA